ACCUACUCUGUAUGUGAGAAGAUGGAAGUGAAGACAGAGUACCCUAACCAGACUGUGGUGAGCCACUUCUUCCUGGAGGGUCUGAGGUUCACAGCUGAACAUCCUAGCCUCUUCUUCCUCCUCUUCCUCCUCAUCUACAGCAUCACCAUGAUGGGAAAUCUCCUCAUUCUCAUAACUGUGGGCUGUGAUCCUCAACUCCGUUCCCCUAUGUAUCACUUCCUGGGCCACCUGUCCUUCCUGGAUGCGUGUUUGUCUACCGUGACAGUACCCAAGGUCAUGGCUGGCCUGCUGACUCUGGAUGGGAAGCUGAUCUUCUUUGAGGGCUGCACUAUACAGCUUUACUGCUUCCAUUUCCUAGCCAGCAGUGAGUGCUUCCUGUACACAGUCAUGGCCUAUGACCGUUACCUGGCUAUCUGUCAACCCCUGCACUACCCAGUGGCCAUGAACAGGCGGAUGUGCGCAGGGCUGGCUGGGAUCACUUGGGCAACAGGUGCUGUGCACUCUGCAGUCCAUACCUCUCUCACCUUCCACCUGCCAUACUGUGGGCCUCACCACAUAGCCUAUUUCUUCUGUGACAUUCCCCCUGUGCUGAAGCUGGCCUGUGCAGACACCACCACUAAUGAGCUUGUCAUGCUUGCCAACAUUGGCAUUGUGGCCGCAGGUUGCCUGAUCCUCAUCGUCAUAUCUUACGUCUUCAUCGCGGCAGCUGUGCUGCGCAUGCGCACAGCCGAGGGCCGGCAGCGGGCCUGCUCCACGUGCACCGCCCACCUCACCGUGGUGCUCCUGUACUAUAUGCCGCCUGUCUGCAUCUACCUGCAGCCAAGCUCCAGUGGGAUAGGAGCUGGGGCGCCUGCUGUCUUCUACACAAUAGUCACUCCCAUGCUCAACUCUUUCAUUUACACUCUGCGGAACAAAGAAGUGAAGCGGGCCCUCCGCAGACUGCUCUGGCGUGGUUCCCUGGAGUAUCCAGCAAGGGGCCCACCCCAGUAA